CGCGGGUAGGAGGAGGAGGAGGGUGCCCGAGCAGGAACGGAACCAUCUUCCAGGGAAUCGCUUUCCACACGGACGCGAUUUCUCCCAGCUCCAUUUCCAUAUCUUCUAUGCUCUACGCAAAUCGUCUUUGCCGGCCGGGUUUGGAAAGUGUCACUGUGCAGCCAUGGGCGCCGAAGCUAUGCUGAAGACUUUGCUCUACGCCGUCAAUUCCUUGUUGCAGCAGCGCAAAUACGAAACUGCCCUCGCCGUCGUCAAGGGCUUCCGUAACGGAGCGGUGUAUGGAGCAAAAAUCCGUGCCCCCCAUGCUUUGGUGAUGACUUUUCUGUUCAAGAGUGGAAGCUUAAGGGAGAAAUUGAAAGCGAUUGCCCAGGCAACGUACACGCAUUCUAGAAACCUGGCAUAUUUUGUAUUUACAUACAAGGGACUCAGGGCCCUACAGUCCCGAAUACAGGGGAAAAAGAUCCCGUUUCACUCUUUCCUUGCAGCCUGUAUUGGGGGCUGGUUAGUGUUUGGAGAAAAUAAUAAUAUCAACAGUCAGAUAAACAUGUACUUGUUGUCUCGUAUCCUGUUUGGCCUAUCCCGACUGGCAGUGGAGAAAGGCUACAUCCCAGAGCCAAAACAAGAUCCCUUCCCACUCUUUGCUGCUGUGGUUUGGGGAAUUGUUCUUUGGCUCUUUGAGUACCACCGUCACACUCUACAGCCCUCUCUGCAGUCGUCCAUGACCUACCUAUAUGAUGACAGUGAUGUUUGGCAUGAUGUUUCCGAUUUUCUCAUAUAUAACAAAAGACCUGCUGGCAAGUAGACUUUGAAAUAUGACACAUUCCGGAAGCACUGCUUAAUUUUAUUUUCCUGAACACACUUGACUAAAAAUCUACAGUUGUUAA